CCCAAGCCCGCUUGAGCUGCUGUACCGCUCUUGUUUACAGAAGCUACCUGCCCACAACAACAACAAGCUGAGUGUCACUGUGUGUGUAGCUGCUGCUGCGUGUGACGAGGUGGUCUGGCUCGACUCGUCACAGCGGCACUGUGACACUCCGCGAGAUGGCGCGCGCCAGCACCUCGGCCACGCGGCAGACGGCGCCAUGUGGCGCGCGCGUCCACCGCUGGGCACCGCCGCACCGCCCCCUCCUCCGCAUUGCUGCUGCUCUCACGGCGGCCUUCUUCGACUCGCGAGUGGGGGCGCUGUCCGCGGACACGAUCUGCGGCAAGAUUCCGGGACUGACGCCACAGCAGCGGGCGCUGUGCCGGAGCCACCCGGACGCGAUGGUCGCGGUCGGCGAGGGCGCGCGCCUGGGAAUCGGCGAGUGCCGGCACCAGUUCCGAUUCAGCCGCUGGAAUUGCUCGGCGCUGGGGGAGGAGACGGUGUUCGGCCAGGAGCUCCCAGGCGGUAGCCGAGAAGCGGCCUUCGCGCACGCCGUGAUGGCGGCGGCCGUGGCGUACGCCAUCACGGCGGCGUGCGGCCGGGGCGACCGGAGCUGGUGUGGCUGCGACGGCGCCAAGCAGGGCGGCUUCUACGAUGCACAGGGCGGCUGCUCGGCCGACCUCAGCCACAGCCUCGAGUUCUCGCGCCUCUUCGUGGACGCGCGCGAGGUCCAGCGGAGCGCGUGCACGCUCAUGAACCUGCACAACAACGCCGCCGGGCGCAAGGUGCUGGAGGAGAAGAUGAAGACGGUGUGCAAGUGCCACGGAGUGUUGGGCUCGUGCACCACCAGGACGUGCUGGGCCACGCUGCCCCAGUUCCGCGAGGUGGGCUCCGCACUCAAGCGCAAGUACGACGAGGCGGUCCACGUGGAGCCGGUGCACGCCGGCCGCUACCGCCACCGCUACCCCGCCUUCCUCCAGGCGAGGCGCUCGCGCGGCCACCGCAAGCCGCUCCACACGGAGCUCGUGUUCACCGAGAGCUCGCCUAGCUACUGCGAGGAGGACCGGCUGACGGGCAGCGUGGGCACGCGCGGCCGCCCGUGCAACCGCACGUCGCCGCACGCCGACGGCUGCGAGCUGCUGUGCUGCGGCCGCGGCUACGACACGCGCCAGUACACGCGCUCGUGGCAUUGCAAGUGCGAGUUCCGCUGGUGCUGCUACGUGCGCUGCAGCACGUGCAGCGAGGGGGCGGAGGAGUACACGUGCAAGUGACGGCGGCGGCGGCUCGCUGGGAAGCUGGGGCCCCGACUCCUCCGCCGGCUCGAUCGCUCGCCCCGUCGACUGUCGGCCAUGGCCCCCACGGGCCUCGCCCCUGGCAACAACAAUCAUGGCCGGACAAAAGUGUCAGCGGAUGUCGCUGCCUGAUGGCGCGGCUGUCGUUCCGCACCUCGCAGUUGCCCUCAACUUCCCUCCCUCACCCCACCCCACUCACCACCCCACCCACCGCCACCCUGCGUGAUUGCCGACGGGGUGGGGGGGGGGGGCGCCAGGCGGAUCCCUGCAAGAGAUCUGCAAUCGGCUCCCGAGCCUGGGACAAAGUAGCCACCGAGAUCUCAGCAUGAUGGGAGAGAGAGGAGGAGUCGGUGACUCGUCCACAUUGCUCACCAUGCCCUGCCCCUCCCCCCCACCACCACCUCUGCCCCUCCAACCACAUGCUGCUUCUCCCACUCAGAUUUGCUGACCACGAGGACCCACAAGUUCUGUAUGUCGCCGGCACCGAGUGCAGCAUCUCCCAGUGAAUC